AUGGGUUCUAACGAUGAAGAUAUGAGUCAGUCGCUUAAAACGGAAAUAAAAGAAACAAAUGAAACACUGAAUACUAAUUUUAUGGCAGAUGCUGUUAAAAAUCUUUUAAGAUUAAUGCCUAUCGAGGAUCAAACAGAAAUGGUUGAAUCUGAUGCCGAACAGAUCAGUAUUAGGAAAUACGACAGAUGUAAAAUAAAAUGUCAUUAUGUAUUACCAUUACACAACGAUGAUGCAUCACCAGAAGCCAAAUUUUAUAAAUAUUAUAAACCACUUGUUGCUCGCAAUCAAUUAUCAUUCACUGAAACCCAGUGUAAAGAGGAGAGUUCAGCUGGUGACAACGAAGAUAACGAUCAUGAUAGAGAUCCAGAUGAUGGUGGAGAUUCAGAUGAUAGGGAAGAUCCAGCUCAUGAUGAAGAUCCAGAACCUGGGGAAGAGAAACCGAUAUCCACAUUCAACAGAGAAAUAUUGUUAUUUCCUUUUCCUAUAAUGCACAAUAAUGCUUUAUGUAAAAUAUUUAGAGAUUUUAAAUUGUUAUUCUCAAGCUUACUUAUUUGA